GUUAUCAUCAGGAUCAAGAUUUCUCAACAACAUUUUUGGAAACCAACCUUUAAUUUCAGAAUGUGACCUGUCAUCCCUGGUGGUUCAAGAGAAUUUAGGAAUUCAGUUGGAGAAUUUUUCAAAUUUAUUCAGAAUGAAAAUGUUACCAUUUGAAGCACAGUUAAUUUCGUUUGUUCUUGAAGAAUCUAUUGCUCAAUUGCAAGUCCUUGGAGAAGUUUUAAGGUUUUCAGAAAAGGCAGAAAAUGAAGCAUUGUUAAGGAGUGAAUUAGGAAAAGGUAGUAUGUUUUUAAAACCAAAGGAUGGGGCUUCAGUCAGACUAUCAACCAAGUUUCAAAAGGACAGGAACUUUUUAGCUUCUGUAUUUUCAACAAUGCUAAAAGAAGUGUCAGAAAAAGGAACAUUAAACUCAUUAAAGGAAACUUUAGAAAAGGAGAAAAAGAACAAAAAGGAACAUGAAGCUGCACUUCAGAAAGCAGAAAACAAGUGUCAAAAAGUAAAGGUACUCCAAAAUGAAAUUCAACAAAUAAAAAAGAUGGGAGAAAUGGAAUUAAAUGACUUGGAGGAAAGAAUUUUUCACCUAAAAAAUCAACUGCAAGAAGCCAAAGCCCGAACUGAAAUGGAAAUUAGAUAUACGAAAAACAAAGUUGCAAAUGAUAUAAUACAAGCAAAAAAACAAUGUAAAGAACAUGAAGAAAAUCUCAGGAAGAAAGUGGAAAAACUAAGAGACCAAAUUGAUUAUGAAACUAGAGCUCAUGCAGAAAUGGAUAAUUUUUUGGCUAAUUACCUAAGUGAACUUCAGCAAAAAACAGAAUACUGGACUCAGAAAUAUGAUACUGAUGUUUAUGAUAAAGAUAAUGAAAUUGCAAUUCUAAAAUCUCAAAGAGCAACUAAUAAACAGCGAAUUGCAGAACAAGCAAGACUUUACCAAGUUUAUCAAGAUGUCAUUGAGGAUGAUUAUAAACAGAAAAAAAUAGAAUUUGAGAGACAACAAGAGGAAGAGAGAAAUGAAAAAGCUGCUAUUAAGAUUCAAGCAUGGUGGAGAGGUACAAUGGUUCGUCGUGGUAUUGGACCCUACUCAAAAAGAAAGAAGGCAGGAAAAAAAGGUCUUAAAAAGGGAAGCAAGAAAGGUGGCAAAAAGAAAAAAAAAUGAUAUUAAUUGAAUCUUAAUCACUAUAAACUUUAAUUUUUUGGAAAAUA